UAGACUUUUAUUCAUUCUUAGACGCAAUUUACCGGAAACUAACGCAUCGACGGGACCAUCAGAAAGUACAGUGUUAAAAAAAGUGCAGCACAAUAGUGACAACGCGUUAAUCAUCAAGUGCUUGUUGAGUUGAUCGUAUCGUAUGCAUAAAUUUAAUAGUCGUUCUGAUCGCUUCACUUUGUUCACAUACGCGCUGAGUUCUGAAAAAAGGUGUACAUACAUAGUUUUCUUCCAAAUGUUAAUAUUUACAUAAAUAUUUCUUAACUAUAAAACAAUAGACAAAGUGUCAAUGACGUGUCUGUGCGUAUCCUUAAAUUCCCAACUUCUAAUUCUCGUUGCAAAUCAUGUCUUUUAUUGUAGCUACGUCAAGUUUAAUUUACUUUUUAAUAAAGAUGAUUUUCUCGAUUAUUCUAUUAAUUCUGUUUUCCCCGACGUUUUGCUCGAUUAUUAGUUUAAUUCUCAAUUACUUGAUUAUGAUAACUAUACUGUUUGUAAUUCAGAAACAAGAUAGAAAAUGUCGGAAUCUAAAGAAACAGCAGACGGCAUCCGAUAAUAGCAUAAGGGAACAGCAGAUUGAUUUCAGUUGUGGAGAUACCAUUCUUCAAUACAAAGAUGGCAAAUAUUAUUAUUGUUUAGUUAUUGUUGUGGACUUGGCAAGGAAAAAAUGCCUUAUCAAAUUUCCUGACAAUUCAUUUUCCUGGUUGUUGUUUAGAGAGCUGAAAAUAUUGGAUGAACUACGGAAUGAGCAAUCGCUGCAUAUUGUUUCCGAGAAAUCUCAGCCUACAGUUGACAAUGACGCCACCACCAGUCUUGGCGAUCACCAAAUAUGUCAUCAGCCUAGAACAUUAGCAUCACAGUUGAAGUCGCUGAAUUUGAGUCACAACCUGUUAACUUACGUGCCCGCUAAUUUUGAAGUGUUCGAAAACCUUGAAUAUCUAAACUGCGCUGCAAAUCAAAUCAUAUUUCUCCCAUCGUCGCUAUCAAAUCUGAGCCGCUUGAAGCAGGUCAAUUUAUCCAACAAUCAGAUCAUGGACUUUCCACUGAUGUUCUGCGGCCUCAAGCACUUGAACGUUUUAGAUCUGUCCGGGAAUCGGCUUACGAUCGUGCCGAACGCCGCUGUCGGCCUCUAUGUGAUCGAACUCAAUCUCAAUCAGAACAAAAUCGCUACCAUCUCCGAAAAUCUAGCUGUUUGUCCGCGAUUGAAAACGCUGCGGUUGAAAAACAAUUGCUUACAGCUAAGUUCGGUGCCCCUCAGACUUCUCAAGAAUUCUAAGAUCUCAAUGUUGGAGCUAGAAGGGAAUUUUUUUGAGAUGAAACAAUUCACGAAUCUGGACGGUUACAACACGUACAUGAAACGCCAUACAUCACAUACAAAGCAGACAGGAAGCAUUAAGAAGAAAUGUUAUUCAAAAAAAAAAUUUGUUACUAUACUAUUUAUAAUUAUUUUGAUUUCCAUUGUAAUGUUAUUAAGAAUCUUCUAUUUUGAGUUGAAAUUGUUGCCAUAAAUCGCUGAUUAUCAAUACCAAAGCGUCCCAUAUUGAACAGUUAUUUAUUUGUAAUAAUUUGACAUUAAUAACAUUUAGUGUGUCUUUCAUAAAAAUUUUAU